AUGAAGUCUAACUUCAACUCGCAUGAGCUCUCGCCUCAAGAGAGUCAGAACAAUCAUGGCCGCGCAGAUCGUACUCGAAAGUCAAAAUACGUCCGUUUCGAGGCAGCCAUCGACCGAAGGCUCCAAGAGUUCGAAGCAGACCAGGAGACGUCACAAACAGCUAUCAACAGGAAUGGCAAGCGACCUCAACUUGGCUACGAUCGAAUCGCCAAUGCUCGUCGUCGGCAAUCCAUACCUGACUACGAAGUCAAACAAUCUAAGAAAACGCCUGGACGGUAA